AUGCCUAUCUCGGACUUACUGAAUCGCCGUGUGCGCGCACGACCAGAGGAAGAAGACGAAGUAUACUCGGACGCAUCUGCAUCUAGCGAGGAAGGCCUGGAGAAUGACGGAGAAUUCGAUGAUGCCGACGUGCCAUCGCAAGACUCAAACGAAUCCGACACUGCGAAUGAAGAUAGUGACGAUGGCGACAACUCUGAUCAAGAUGCAGCCGAAGAAGACGGCCUGAGCGACGACAAUGAUGACCUUCAAACCUCGCUAAACAACAUUUCCUUCGGAGCCCUCGCCAAGGCACAAGCAUCUAUGGGCCCCAAGAAGCGCAAGAAGCAACCGACAACCUUAACCUCCACCGAAGAAUCAACCUCUGCCCUCGACGACAUCCGGGCCCAGAUCCGCUCCGCGCGUGAGCAGAAGCGCUCCAAAGCCCAAGAGGACAACCCCGCCUCCACCGAAAGGAAAGAAAAGAAACGCUCUUCCAAGCACGCCCCCAUGGUGCAAUCCUCCAAAUAUGCCGUCUCCCGCAAGCGAACAGUAAUCGAGCCCGCGGCCGUCGCCAAAGCGCGCGAUCCCCGCUUCGACGCCGCAGUCAUGGGCCACAGCGGGGCAGGGAAACACUCCGAAGCAGCAAGCAAAGCAUACUCCUUCCUAGACGAGUACCGGGCAUCCGAAUUGAAAGAUCUCAAGGAACAGUUCGCCAAGACCAAGAAUGCACAGCAGAAAGAAGCGCUCAAGAAACAGAUCCGGUCUGCGUCGGAUAAGAUGCGCGCUAUGGAGGCACAGAAACGUGAACGGGAUAUUAUUGCCGACCACAAGAAGAAGGAGAAGCAGCUUAUUCGCGAGGGGAAGAAGAGUACCCCGUAUUAUCUGAAGAAGUCGGAUUUGAAGAAGCAGGUUAUGAUGAAGAAGUAUGAGGAGAUGGGGUCGAGGGAUCGGGCCAAGGCGCUUGAGAGGAGGAGGAAGAAGAUGGCUUCGAAGGAGAGGAAGAAUUUGCCCAUGGAGCGGAGGGGGUUGGGUGGUGGCGGUGAUGAGCCAUCGCCGGGGCAUGGAGCGAAGCGUAGACGGUUGUCAUGA